AUGAGCGGGCGUAGUCGAAAUGCUGCUCGAUCAGCGCCCAGCCAUUCAAACCAGGACGCGGAUGAGGAGCGACGGCUGUGGAAAGAGAUACGAGACAAGUCCACGUCCGUGGAUACCAUGGUGACACGCUCAAAUACAAUCGGCAACGAAAUCAUCGAUGUGGAAUCGCAGCAGGCUGCACUACUCAGCGACGGCAAACUUGCAAGUGCCUCACUCGACGAGCGUCUCGAGAAGCUCUACAGAGAAAAUGUCAAGCUAUGUGAGGAGGUCCAGCACAUCAUCGAGGGCAAAAGCAACGACAUGAAUCUUCUGGACUCCCUGAAUAUCCUCGCUGGACUCCGAGAGGCGAGCGAGAAAGCGAACGGAACUACUACUUCUGGGAAACUUGCUCGUCCGACUAAGAAAGGCGCCAAGAGCGCUGCGGACGACGUUGUCGAAGAAGUUGCCAGUCCCCGAAUUCGAAUCGGUCUCGGGAAGGACAAAGGCUCCAGAGCAGGCAGUGUUGCCGCGACUAGAGAGGCUUCAGUCAAGCUCGAGGACGGAGCGGAAAGCGUGGCAUCUAGCAACGACGGCGUGGUCGGAAGCGCAAGCAAAGCAUCCGCUUUCGGCUCCGCUCUCGGCAGCAGAUCCAACCGUCUGGUCCUGACCAAAGGAGAAAUAGUAUUUUGCCGCCACUCCUCCGCCAGCAGACCUGCAGUCGGCGCCGAUGCGGUGGAGGGCGAAGGCAUAUUGUGCAAAGUCACCGCUGUCAUCGGCGAGGGCAAGCAGCGGCGCUACGAAGUGCAAGACGCUGAUACCUCGGGCUCGGCACUGCCUCCUCCGCAAAGGGCAUCUGUCUCGCAGCUUAUUAAGAUUCCAGAGGGCAAUGACGGACUGGGCGAGCUGCCGAAAGGGAAGAGCGUGCUGGCCAUGUAUCCCGACACUACUACGUUUUACAAGGCGGAUGUCAGCGAGGCUUGGAAAGAGGGAAAGCAUAGCGAGAAUGUCUAUGUCAAGUUGAUCUUUCAGGAAGAUGAGGCGCCUCGCGAGGUGGAGAGGCGGUUUGUGUUUGUCGACAAGUGA